AUGGACAGAGGAAGGUGCGCCAAUAUGCUAAAAUCACUCCAGCGAACACUAGCUAAAUGUCAGAAAUCUCCAUCAACCAACCAUUGGCAAUGUUUCAAAAGAAAUUUUACUAGUAUACGAGCCACUAAAUACCCUGGGCGUUCUAAUUCGACGUUCCACUAUUGGCCCUGGUUUGCGGCGUCAACAUUGCUCGCUACUUCGUUAUACUACCGUGAUCGUCCGGUACAAAAUGACGAUAAAACUGAUGCUUUUCCUUCUCAUACUGAAUCGAUACAGGUAGACUCUAGCGUAUCAGAUUUCCCACUAACGAUUACUGCUUUAAAUUUCCCUGUCUCUACAACUUUUAAAUUACUGGGAUAUGGUCAAAGGCACGUCACGUUUUUGAGGUUCAAGGUCUAUGCCUUGGGUCUUUAUCUAGCUGAAAAUGACGAAAACCUUGUUUCAGACACUCUAAAUGAAACUUAUUUACAUAAAUAUUUCCUUGAUGUGGAUGAUUCUAAGACUCCUAAGGAGAAUCUAGCUAGAUUAUUGAAACGUGAUGACUCAAAAUCCGUUAUGAUGAUUGAUGACUUACUGGAUUCUGGAAUGAGAAUGCUAGCCAAGAUAACUCCCGUAAGGAAUACAGAUUUUAAGCAUCUUAAGGAGGGCCUGGUCAAAACUAUUUCUAAACAUCCCGAUGUGGCCAAUAAUAAAGACACACUGGCGAAGGGCCUAAGUGAGUUAAAUGAUGCCUUUUCACGUAAGGGAUCCGUCAGGAAAAAUGACGAUUUGAUCAUCGAAUUAUUAGCCAACGGCGCUUUACAAUUUUCAUAUCAUGACAGUAAAAACAACGAAUUUGAGGUCAUGGGAGUAGUUAAUAAUCAACUCGUCGGAAAAUUCUUAUUUAGCCAAUAUUUAUGUGGCGAAAAAUCUCCUUCUCCACAAGCCAAAAAAACAGCUAUCGACAAAUUGAUCACACUCCUCUAA